GUCGGCCAUCUUGCACUCAGUCUCCAUUUAAURUCAUACCUCAGUGGUCCACAGAGGAAAGAGAAACCAUGAUGUCAYGGACAUAGGCCGACAAUUCUGAUCAAUCCUGUACAUUACAUUGGAAAUAAUAAUCGAAAGUGUGGGGUGAAGCUGGUUGCCGCCAACAUGUCGAAAGAAUGUUUUCAAACCCAGUUCGCCUUUGUUAUGGAGAGUGUAUUGAAGACUGCAGUCACYGAGACAACGAAACUUUUUGAAACAACUAUUGMGGAACUGCGAGCCGAAAUAUCYAGAAUAAAAGAAGAGAACRAGGACCUCAAAUCGAGGCUUCGAUCCCUCGAAAAUGUGAAGAUAUCGACGGGUGAAAGUGAACGCCAAACCGCAGAGCCUGGACCGAGUCAAAGAACAUCACGUAUCGGCAAACGUGACAUUGGCGUUCAAUGCGUUCUGACAGCGCAUGCUUUGCCUCGGGCUGGGGAGCGGCACCUGCGGGAGGCGGACCAGGGAAUGGAGCUGCACCGGGGGGCCUACGAUGAGGAGGGCAACCCACAGACUGCCUUAGUGCUGAUCAAACAGGAGGUGGACUGGGAGGCAGACUAUUCUGAUGACUACUCCCCCGGGUACAUACUGCUGAAGAAGGAGGGGGGAGAUCCCCCGACUCUGGUCCGCAGACAACCUCUCAGAGAGUUACCAGGCAGAGCCCUGGGCCCACCUGGAGCCGUCAGGGCCCUGGUCAACCGUUACACCCAGGAAAGGCCUCCCACCAACCCAGUCUACGUCAGCAGAGGCCCCCCUCCAGGGAGAUCCAGACACCCAGGAGGUCCCCCAGGCUCUCAGCCCAUCCCAGCCCAGGACCAGAGAGGUUACCAGUGGCAGUGCAGGCCAGGACCCUGGAGCAGAACAGCAGUCGCUGGUAAUACCAGCAGCAGAGCCUCCAUCAACAUUACACCAGACAGCAUCUCCUCAAUCAGCAGCCACUAUCCAGUCUACAUCAACUGUCCUGUCUACUGUAAUGGCCCAGUCCACGGUAACUAUCUGUCAAAAGAAACUGUCCAAACGACCACAGCGGUCCAGUCGACGUACCGGUGAAAUCGACAGCAGCAUUGUCAGAGCGCCCGCCACCUGUCCUCUCCGGGUUACCCAGAACCCCUCUUCAGGAUACACAGCCCAGCUCCGUACCCCCCGUCCUCCUCGAUCAUCACCAUCACAGUCUCACACAGACGUUCUACCUGUAGCUCGUCCAAUAGCAGUGCCCUCAAUACAACCAGCUAGGCCUACAGCUGUACCUGAUGGACCACCGGCCGCACCACCAACACAACCGCAACCGCCUACAGUUUUGGAGAAGGACGGUGUUGCCACGGAAACAUCGCUAACACCACCGGUCCAGUCCGCUCCGUCUCCGACUGUGUUGACAGAACCUGCCGGCCCCCCUGAGAAGCAGCGUCGUUGGUCACUGAGCAUGUGCAACGCUCCUCCACUGUGCCACGACCGAAGUCACCUGCUGUCCCAGAGAGGAGUGUCUGAUGAAGCCCCUGUACAGCUGUCAGCCCCUGCUGUAACUACACCCUCACCCUCUGGCCCCUUUCAAAUGUCUAAGACACAGUUUUUAGCUCAGUUGUCAGUAGUACCCCGAGUAUGUGCUCCACCGAGGCUGGAGAAGACAAGGGGGGGGAAAAAGAGGGGCAGGAAGAUGAGGGCGAGAGGCUUUCCCCCCUCCCUGCCACAUCUACGGAAGCUGUGAUGACAAGGACUGUCGCUACGGAGACGACCCCCGCCAGCGAGAAUAAGGAGGAGAUUGUUGUCCAGGUAGGCGGCAAGCAAAAGUCAAGUCGACGUGAAGCGCUCCUCUCCGGUCUCCGCCUCCGCUUAAGCCCCGCCCCAGGACAGUACCCCAUCUCCAGUGGUUGCUAAGAAACCCAGAGGAGAGAGAACCGCCCCUAUAGACCAUGACUACUCAAAGUGAUGCAGAAUGGAGAAGAAAAGUCCAGGGAAUCACACGUUGACCAGGAUGUAGUAGAGGACACCGCUGAAGGUAGGACGGCUGACGACAAGUCUAGUGGACAAGGAAGUAGUAACCAGUCAUGAUUGAGGAAGAGGGAGGAGCUAACACUGAU